GAAAAUCUAGACAACUACCUAGUCGUUUAGUGUUUAUCUCAGUUUGAUAGUGUUUGUGCUUGUGUCAGCAUAUUCGUAAGUGAUUAAGUGAUUUUAAUGGAUAUUCACCUCACUUGAAGUUUGGAGUUCAUUAAGAAGAGUAUCAAUAUUGUAAAAGGAAAUGCAAAAUGGAUGAGGAUAUAGACAUAGAGGAGCUUGGUGCCCUGGCCCUGCUAUCACAAUCUAAUUGGAGCAUUGACUAUUUGGAGGGCCUGGACACCUCCGAGUUCCCGUUCCCCAACACACUCUGGCACAGGCGGCCCGAAUGGGAGAUCUCGCUCAAGACUACCCUCAUGCUGUCCAUCGCUCUCAUCGGCAUCUUCCUCAACCUCGUCAUCCUCGCCAUCAUCGCCAGGAACCGGUGGCUCUGGUCUGCCAGCAACUUCCUUGUGGCUAACUUGGCGCUCGUGGACCUUCUUACGCUGGUGCUGUGCCCGUGGCCGUGGCUGGUCAGGCAUUUCUAUCAGAGCUAUGUGAUUGGGGAGGUCGGAUGCAAGUUUGAAGCUUUCGUGCAGUGCACCUUCCUCCUCGCCGGAGUGCUGGCCAUCAUGCAGGUGUCCUACGACCGGCUCGCGUCGGCCGCGCUGACCGCCGAGGCGCGGGUCACCAAGGCCGCCGCCCCCCGCGUGGUGCUGGGGUCGUGGGCCCUGGCUGUGGGGCUGUCUGUGCCGUGGAUCUUUAAUAGGGAGUAUACUGAACGCCAAUGGCUGGAUUACUUGGAGGCUUUCUGCAGAGAGAACAGCUUCCUGAAGGUGUACUGGCACAUCGUGGUCACCAUCCUCGUGUGGGUGCCCCUCGGGCUGAUGAUCGUUACUUACGGUGGAAUUCUCUGGCGUCUCGAGCGCUCCGCUCGCAAGCUGAAGACCCGCGGGGGCGGUCAGCUGGUGGGCCGAGCCAAGGGGAAGGCCAUGAAGAUCGCCGCGUGUGUGCUGGUGGUGGGAGCUUCGUGCCGGCUCCCGUACACUGUGAUGGUCUACUGGAGGAACAGUUUGGAGCCUGUUGUUAACUCGGUGGACGAAGGCUACGGCAAGAUGUGGUUCGCAGCGAACUGUCUGAUGUACAUCGACUGUGUGGUGAACCCGCUCAUCUACGGAUUCACCAACGAGAGGUUCCGGCGAGCAAUGGACAGGACGCCCGGAUUAGUCUGCUUUAGAUUCGGCUCUUGGUGCUGUGUUUGUAACACGGUCAAAAAGCCACCAGUAUCACAGCAAGAAAAGAACACAGAAAAGAUUUUCGUCAUAGAAGGAACACCGAAACAAGACAAGAGGAUUUCAUACUUGAUAAAGAACAUGCUCCACAUUUACAAGGAUUCCUUGGAGUUCAGCGUGCCGAAGACAGAUGAUACGAACAAGCCUACUAGAAUAACGCCGUUGAAAACUGAUGGAAUUUAAGUACAGCGUAGCGAGUAUAAGCAAUUGUCACAUUAAAAAUUCAGUUCGAUCGCUAGCACUACAGCUCUCCUAGUGUUCAGUAGAGAGACUAAAUACCUAACUAAUUUGUAUGACGAUUCAUCGGACUUGAAUUCGAACACGUAUAAGUGUACGAAUCACGAAUAUUAUCGACUUUAAUCCAUAGUUAUUCGAUAAGGUGGUUCACUGGAUUUUUUAUUAGUUUCUAACGUUACCGACAUGGGCGCUCAUCAAGAUUUAACACAAAUUGCUAUCGAAUUACUACUUAGAAACUAGAGUCGACAAUAUUCGUGAUUAGAACACUGGACUUUAAAAGCU